GAGUGCAACAGUGCAACCACACUCUUUUAGCAACAAUUUAACAGUAAGAAUUCUGUUUUGCUGCCUUGUCGAACUCUCUAGAAGUCUGUGAAGAUCGAUUUGGUCUUCAAGUAGAAGCCAUGGAUUACGAAGGCGAUCCUCCUCCGUCUUUUGAUCCCAUGAAAAAUACGGCCAAAAAUGUUGAAGUUCAAGGAUUCAACCCAGGAUUGAUCGUCUUAAUUGUUGUCGGCGGACUGUUACUGGCGUUCCUUGUUGGGAACUAUUUACUUUACAUGUAUGCACAGAAAACUCUUCCUCCAAAGAAAAAGAAGCCAGUUUCCAAGAAGAAACUGAAGAGGGAGAGACUGAAGCAAGGUGUUUCAGCACCUGGUGAAUAGAUAUCUUGGACACACCUGUAUUCCCCCUCUUCAUUUUGAUAGAAGAUGUUCCUAGUCAAUAGAUGGUUGUACUUUAUAGUUUUACCAAUUUCCCACCAUCAUAGCUAGAACUUAACCAAAAGAUUCUGCUAUUUUUAUAGUGACUCAGAAGUUGUUUUCCUAUAAGCUACUCAUUUCCUAAUCUCUUUUAGAUGAACUAUUGCUCUCCUUACCUUGC